UUACUGAUAAGGCCAAAGUCUACGUUUCGAAGAGCUCAAAACCCCCUAUAAAAAUAGCAAUUUGCAGCAUAUUUUUAGCGCAAGGGGAUAAGAACUUCAGCAAAGUAUCAAUAUAAGCAAAAGUUGACUUGGAGAGAGAGCGAGAUGGCACCACCACCAUCCACCGUGGUUUCUCCGGUUGUGGUCCUAAUGGUGAGGCUUCUUACGUUCAUCUGCCUACUGAUAUCUAUGAUCAUCCUCACCACCAACACCGAGAACGUAGCCCUCCAGUUUGGCGAGGUGAAGAUCCGGUUUAAUGAUGUUUAUGCUUACCGGUACAUGCUUGCUACCAUUGUCAUUGGAUUUGCAUACACUCUCCUGCAAACUGCAUUCACAAUCUUUCAAGUGAGCACCGGAAAUCGCCUGGCCGGUGGUUGCCUGUACCAGUUUGACUUUUAUGGUGAUAAGGUGAUCUCUUACAUGCUAGCCACAGGCUCUGCUGCUGGUUUUGGCGCCACGAUCGAUUUGAGGUCGGGCCUUUUGGGCUUUGGUUCUUUCUUCAACAAGGCCAAUGCUGCUGCUAGUAUUCUCCUCAUCGGGUUCUUCUUCUCCGCUGUUUCAUCAGUUUUCUCAGCUUUGGCCCUUCCAAAGAGAGGCUAAUUGCUUUAGAGAUCAAACCAACUAUGCCAUAGAAGAGUGUUCGGAAAUUUUUUUAUAUAACCUGCUUUAUAAAUGUUGGUGUUUCUGUGCAAAAGGUUCAAUGUGUGUUGUUGUUGGUGAGAUAAUUAAGUCUGAUUUCUUCUAAUUUUUUGUUUGCUACUGAAAAAAUUCUUCGGAUUCUAUAUUCAUGUUCAGUGUUGUGAUGUAAUAAUUAUUGAAA